AAGAACAUCCGGGUUACUUGCCAGUUUAGUCGGUUACUCGUAACGCGCGCGAUCCUUUACUUGACGGCCUUCGUGUCUAACGACAGAGCAAUUCAAUUAGAUGAAUACUCGAAUUGUUAGAUGAAGACUCGAAUUGUUAUAGCCAUUCUUGCCAGCUGUCUCAUUCUCGCCUGGGUAACAGCUUAUAGGACGAGACAGAAUACGCCCGAACUCAAUAGGAUGGAGUCUAGGCCACGACCAAAACUUAUUAUAAAAUGGAAACCGAGAAACAAGGCGACGGCGGUGCCUGUCAGCACACGGAAUCAACUUCCAACGGCUGCUAGACCGGCAGCGAACCAACUAAACUCUAAGACGAAUAAUAACAGUAUGGUGGAGAGCCCUUACAAUGAAAAACCUGCACCACCAAGAGUUCCUGCUGUAGUAGGUCAGCAUAGAGCCACGCCCGCCAAGAAUAAAUACAGAGCCACGCCCGCCAAGAAUAAAUACAGAGCCACGCCCGCCAAGAAUAAAUACAGAGCCACGCCCACUCGUGUUCCUGUCAUCUGUCGUUCCAAUGAGCAAGCGAAGAUUAAAUCAACGUGGUUUGCUAGUAGAAUCAACAGAAACGUUCCCGUGUUUUUAAAUAAAGUGAAUUCGUCUCUUGCUGGGUCUGCAAGAAGAUGGUGGCUGAGCAACAUGCAUCGGAAGGAUAUCAGUUUGGAUGCAGCUAUAAGGAAUUUGAUAGAAGUUGUUCCGGGUCUGGCAUCAAUUCGUGAAAAUCGUGCAUCAUGCAUCACAUGUGCAAUCAUUGGCAAUGCUGGAAAUCUGCAAGGGUCAGGGUAUGGAAACCUUAUUGACUCUAAAGACUUCAUCAUAAGAGCGAAUAAAUCACCAACUAAAGGCUUUGAAAGAGAUGUCGGGGCACUGACUACACACCAAAUUGUUUACCCUGAGAGUGCUGAUGGAUACCAUCCAGGAGCAACCAUGUUAGUUCUUCCAUUUAAAGAGGCAGAUAUCAGAUGGUUAGCAAGCAUAUUCACAACUAAGAAUGUAACCAGAGGUUUUUGGAGACAUGUGCCAGCAUCUGUGAGCGGUGCAUCACCAGAAAAGACAUUUACUAUUCAUCCUGCCUUUUUACACUAUGUGCACACGGUGUGGCUGUCAAACCCUCCUGGAAAGUGGCCAUCGGCAGGGGAUGUUUCGAUAGUUCUCGGUCUACACAUAUGCGACGAGCUGCAUGUAAUGGGCUUUGGUGCAAGCAAAUACAAUCGUUGGGAUCACUACUAUACAGCUAGAAAUGCUAACGCUGGACUACCAAUUGCACGAAUCCAUCACCCUGCUGUAAAGGAAGCAAGUCUUAGGAACAAGUUACAACAGGACGGAAUCAUUAAUUUAUAUCCAGGAAAGGCAUAGACGUACAUAUAUGUAUAUGUAGUUUGUUUCUACGUAAAUAUGAGAUAAUCUAUGAUGGCAAAUUUGAACUGUCAAAAAGCCUCGCUUUCUAUAGAUUUUACAUUCGAACAUAAACUAUCUAUCUAGUGUCAGAUGACAGAAACUGAUGGAUCAUGCU